AUGUGCUCCCGCCAGGAGAAGGACCACUGCCAUAAGCAGGAGCGCUACGUCCAACAGAGCAGCGGUUGCUGCCACAGCUCUGGUGGUGGCUGCCACAGCUCCGGCGGUGGCGGCUGUCACAGCUCCGGCGGUGGUGGCGGCUGUCACAGCUCCGGCGGCGGUGGUGGCUGUCACAGCUCCGGUGGCGGUGGCUGUCACAGCUCCGGUGGCUCCGGCUGCCACGGGAAGCCGCAGGUGGUGUACCACCAGCAGCAGCAGCAGCAGGUCCACCAGCUGCCCUCGCAGAAGCUGAAGUGA